CAACUUGCUUCAAAAUGCUGCUAAAGUUUGUUCUAUUGAUUGCGGCUAUUGUGCUUGUCGUGGGCGAGCCUCCAAAGCGAGCUCCAUACCCCGCCGCAGGCUGGCGUCCACAGGUGCCAUUCAAUUUGCCCAGCGACUUUCAGCCACCAGCUGGUUACCGUGUGGAGAUCACCAAGCAGCGUGUUGAGCACGCUGGCACCUUCAAUGCACCGCAGUUCAACUCUCAGUAUUUGCCGCCACAAUUUGAUGUGCCACAACAGCAGCAGCAGGAGGAGCAGCAGUCAAGUAUUAAUAAAGAUCAGCAGAGUCCAGCUGAUCAAUAUGGACCGCCAGCUGAUGACAGCUUUCGCAUUGUCUAUCCCGAGGAAGAGGAAGAUUCGGCCAGUUUGACGCAGCCAAAGUCCAGCAAUAUUAAGGAAGGACGCUACUAUGUCAUCUCGCCCGAUAACAAAUUGCAGCGUGUGAUUUAUCGCACUGAGGAAGCUCAAGGAGAUGAGUUCACCGCACAGCUGAAAUAUUCCCCAGUUGGCGAGUUGCAGGAUCCGGUUUACAAAUACAAUAGCCAGGGGCAAUUGGAACGUGUGCUGAAAUAGAAGACAAUUUGUUGUGUAUCUGUAAAAUAUAAUAAUCUUCGG